GGGCUGCUCAUUUUCCUUGAUCACAUUGCGGGGACAGAUCCUUCAAGAUGCGCUCGGCUGCGUCACGCCGCUACCUCUGGAAGCUGCCGAUCAUCUAUCUCGUGGUGCAUAUGCUUGACGGGGUGUCCGGUCGAAGCGAUCAGAGUGCGGGUGUAGGUACAGAGAUCCUUCUCCCGACGCCGCCUGGCCGAGAAAGGGCAGUUCUCCUCGUGGGUCAGAUGAGCGGACAACUGAUUGCGUUCGAUGCAUGGACAGGGGAAAUCAUCAACUCGAUCGACUCUGGAGGGGCCCUCGUGACGAAUUGCCGCAACGAUAUCAUGCAAGAUCUGCAUCCCGACGGCAGCACGACGACCUCGCUUCAGUCCACCACCACGCGGCAACAGACUCGUGUAACAACUACGUCGUUGCAGACGACGACGACCGAAGCGUUCGACCAGCACAACUUUGCACCCACAAUGGACGGUCGACUGUACCACAUCAGCAAGCACGACGGGGAAUGGAAGGAAGUGUUGUUGUCGACGUCGCAGCUAUUGCAGGCGAAGAAGCCAGUGCGCGCCAAGGGUAACCCGGAGCUCGAAAACGUGGUGUUUGUCGCGGAGAAGAAGCAGCGUUUGUACACAUUUGACGCCGACACGGGUCAGAUGUAUCCGUUCUUCUCGGCCGAUGCCGCCGCGGCCGCCGCCACAGGCCCAUCUUCAACUGGUGAACAGUCGACGGUGUUGAUGGGUCGCGUGGACGUCACGACCAAGAUGGUCAACCUCCAUGACGUGUUGGAUUACAAAUGCGUAACUGUGUCCGAAUACUUUAUCCAGUUCGCCGCGACGGCGCAGUGCAACUUGGACACGGACGACGAGAACAGCGGUCCAUGGAUCGAGCUCGAGGUGUUGGCCGAGUCGAACGUGGUGUCUUUGGCCGGCUACGAUCCAUCGUCCCGUCGGAUUCUGUGGAAGUGGAACUCGCAUGUUGAUCUCACGAUGGUGUACGGGGUGCUGCCCAAGCAAGGCGUCAAAUUUUUUCAGUGGAACGUGACGUCUGGCCUCGACCAUGCAACGACUCAAACCAUCGACGACGACGAAGUUCCGUCCAGCUGCCCCACGCCGCCUCCCCUGAUCCCGACCACCACGUCGCCCCCCCGCGACCCCACGUCGUCCGCCGUCACCGUGUCCCGGUCCCCUCGACCCAACUUGCUCUACCGGCACAUUGACGGCCAGCCAUACUUGCUUCCGUCCCCAACGGAAGCAUCGUCUAAGCAUGUCGCGUCUCUGCCCAACGGCACCAACUCGGUCGUUGUCAAGCGCCAUCAACAGCAACGGCCGUGGAAUUUCAAAACCGUCGAAAUCGACGGCGAAAAGGGCGUCGUGCUCACGUCCACACACGUGGCCGGCAUCGUCUUGGCCGUGGCCGUGGUCGUGAUGCUCGUGGCGUACGUGUUUUACCGCAAGGGGCUGAUCGCCAAGCCCGAACCACAUGACGACGUGCCGCCGUCGCCGCUCCCCGCGACCCCGCCGUCGACCCCCGUCCUGUCCCCACGCCCCGAGCCCGAAUCGAGUCCGAAGAGCCCCAUCAGUGCCGGUAGCCCCAAGAGCCCGUCGUUGCAUCGCCACAAGACGGGCCUCGAGCACCUCCUGCGCAUGGCCUCGCCUGCGAAAAUGCAUCGCUCGCUAUCGUUUGGCGGGUUUUCCCACGCCCCACCCCCCCAUCGCCCCAACGCCCACCACCAUCCUCACAACAAUGGCACGUCGCCGAAGGCGGAAUGGAAACAACCCCCCGUGUUGCGUCUGUCGGAUCUGAAUGCCGACGACUCGGGGGAGGACUCGACCCAAAGCGGCGGCGUGGACGUUGCUGUCACCCCAACACUAAGCCCAUCAACAACCUUGUCGCAGCCCGUGACCUCCGCCGCCACGGAAGAAUUCAGCAAAAUCCUGCCAUACAUUUGCCGCGGCCGGUUUGCCAACGAAUUUGAAGAGCUGUCGACGUUGGGCAAAGGUGGGUUUGGCCAAGUUAUGCUCGCCGAAAAUCGGCUGGACGGACGCCAGUACGCGGUCAAGCGCAUUGGACUGAGCCUGCGCAACCAAACCAAGCCCACGCUGGAAAAGUUUUUACGCGAAGUCAAGAUCCUGGCGCGGCUCGACCAUACGUACAUUGUGCGGUACUACCAGGCGUGGCUUGAAGAGCUGGGGGAGGACGAGGUGGUGCCGGCGAUGAGCGACGCCGCUUCGUACAUGACGACCCGCACACGUCGGUACGGCCCGACAUCAUCCGUGUACUCGGCGCGCAACAUUCUGCAGCAUCGGUCGUCGGGCGAAGCCAGUUUCGACGAGGAUGGCGCAGAUUCGCUGUACGCCCCUCGUCAUCGGUUCCGUAGCCAUCCUGACGACGACGGUGACGAAAAUGGUGACGACGACAACGAUGACGACGGAGGGUUUACGUGGGAUCGUGGUGAAGACAACGAGUCGAUGGAGCAAUGGUCCGAGCAAGACUUGUACGAUGACACGGUGAGCGCCGCCCGACAACUAGAGUCCACGGCGAGCACUCGACGCCACCAACGCCGACAUAGCACGAAGGGAACGAACGCAGGUGCGACGCGCAUCGACCAUUGGCUAUACAUUCAGAUGCAGUACUGCUCCGAGCAGUGCCUCGCCGACGUGCUGUUGGCCCCCGGCCGUCGCAACUACAGCCACAUGCUGGAAAUGUUUUACCAAAUUGCGAGUGCAUUGGAGCACGUGCAUUCGCUCGGGUUGAUUCAUCGCGACUUGAAGCCCCAAAACAUCUUUGUCAUGGACAGCGACACGAUCAAGCUGGGCGACUUUGGCUUGUCCAGGUAUGCCGGGUCACCUCCUUCUUCGUCGGAGACGGCCUCCCACGACCCACCGAUUUCGCUGGCCAAACAAGACGAGUCGUCAACGUGGAGCGUCGAAGAUGAAAAGACCGCCGGCGUCGGCACCUACUUGUACGCGAGCCCCGAGCAAAUCUCGGGCGAAACGUACAACGCCAAGGCGGACCUGUAUUCGCUCGGAUUGAUCUUGUUUGAAAUGAUGCACGAACCAUUUGGCACGACCAUGGAGCGCGUGGUGACCCUGCGCAACCUCCGCGACGGACACCUGCCGUCUGCGACGUGGCUCCACGACCAUCCCCCCGUCGUGGCCAUGGUGCUGUCGCUUGUGACAGCGUGCCCGUCUGACCGGCCGACCGCGUUCGACGUUGUUGCAUGGUGCCAGACCCAACUGCACAUGAAGUCGACCAAGAACGGGGUGGUUGGGUCAUUAUUGAGCGGCGGCAACAGCCACCACCUGCACCAGAACGCCACCCACGACGAAAACGUACACGUGCUGCAAGUGGAGGCCGUGGAAUGGGACAACAGCACCGUGUGCCACAACUUGCUCCUGGCGCUAUGCGACGUGGUUCGGGCCAUGACGUCAGUGGUGAUCGUCGCGUGCGGGCUGAAGCAACACCUGAGCCACGGCCAAGUGCUCGAGUUCACGUUGCAUGUCGAGACCAACCAAGUGCUGGCCCAAGUCCAAGACGCCAUCGUCGCGUUUGAAGGCGUCAAGCACGUCGAGUUGUUGAGUUAGAUGUACCAACAGACAACCAAAUAGUAUAUUAAUUUACAAGUAAUCAGUGACAGAAUAUAUAGUUCGAAGGACGUUUGGCGGCGACGGACCAGGGCUAGGACGUACACGCCACAUGGGCAAACGAAGAUGACGAGGGAUACGCGUAAGCCGGUCGUUUGGGAGGAAGUCCGAAGUUGGUGUAGUCGCCAUCAGCGUCCGCGCGAACUGGAUACUGGUGGUAGUGGGACGUCAUGUCCGCGUGGGAUCGCUUGGUCGGAUGGCGGAGAUGAUCCGACGAGUACCCGCAGGAGCGUUGACGCGCACGCUGUAAUGCGCACUGCACGUGAUGUCGCUCCUUGGACAAAUACGCAAGGACAUCGUCUCGGUUCGAGGCGCGGGCACGGACGUCAACGUGCAUGCGGUGGGCAAACUCGUAGUACGUCGCGCGUUCCCCCGUCUUUUGUUUGACAAAGUACGCAUAUCGCGACACGGCUUCGUUCAGGAACGUCAAGUGGUGCGGGUCUCGCGCCGUGGAUGCUUGCAUUCGACCGGAAAGGACGUCGACGGCGUCCAGUUGGUCCAGCAGAUGCGCGAUCGCUUCGACUCGCAUGGCAAACCAAGCAAAU